GUUCCGGGAAAGUGACUUGAUAGCUGAGGCUUUCUGGCCCCUUUCCCUCCCAUGACAUCUCCGUUUAUGGACUCUAAACUCUACUGCUGCUACAGAGAUGCUAGGCAUUUAAUUUUCCCAGCUCUAGGAUGUGCGCGCCCCCUCUACAAGCUCCCAGAAGGGACCGAGGUGCCAUCAAGUCGGUUCUGACUCAUGGUGGGAAACCGAGAACCGGAAGAGAGUGUAUGGGAACAAAUUCUCUACAGUCAUAUUUAAAGAAUCUGGGAGGCAGACCCUGGUGGAGGAAGGCCUUCAUAUUUAAAAUUAAAAACCAAAGGAAUGGAACACAGGUGCUGUGAUCUUCCUGUGCUCUGCUCUCUGUCAACAAUGUAUACAUUCCUGCUGGGAGCUAUAUUCAUUGCUUUAAGCUCAAGUCGAAUCCUACUGGUGAAAUACUCCGCCAAUGAAGAGAACAAAUACGAUUAUCUUCCAACUACUGUGAAUGUUUGCUCAGAACUGGUCAAGCUUGUUUUCUGUGUGCUUGUGUCGUUCUGGGUUAUAAAGAAAGAAGAUCUUCAAAGUCGACAUUUUAGAUGUGGUUCCUGGAAGCAAUUCUUCAAUUUUAUGAAGUGGUCCAUUCCUGCCUUUCUGUAUUUCCUGGAUAAUUUGAUUGUGUUCUAUGUCUUAUCCUAUCUUCAGCCUGCCAUGGCUGUUCUCUUCUCAAAUUUUAGCAUUAUCACAACAGCUCUUCUGUUCAGGAUAGUGCUGAAGCGGCAUCUAAACUGGAUACAGUGGGCCUCCCUCCUGAUCCUGUUUUUGUCUAUCGUGGCCCUGACUGCUGGAACCACAACUUCACAGCAUGACUUAGCAGGACAUGGGUUUCAUCAUGAUGCCUUCUUCCGCCCAUCCAAUUCCUGCCUGCUCUUCAGAGAGGAGCACCCCAGAAAUGGCAAUACCACAGCAAAGGAGUGGACUUUUCCGGAAACCGGGUGGAACACCACGGCCAGGGUUUUCAGUCACUUCCGCCUUGGCCUGGGCCAUGUUCUUAUUAUCGUGCAGUGUUUCAUUUCCUCCAUGGCCAAUAUCUAUAAUGAGAAGAUACUGAAGGAGGGGGACCAGCUCACGGAAAGCAUCUUCAUUCAGAACAGCAAGCUCUAUUUCUUUGGCGUUCUUUUUAACGCGCUCACCCUGGGCCUGCAAAGCAGGAAACGGGAUCAGGUGCAGAACUGUGGAUUUUUUUAUGGCCACAAUGCAUUUUCAGUCGCCCUUAUAUUUGUCACCGCCUUGCAGGGCCUCUCGGUGGCUUUCAUCCUCAAGUUCCUGGACAACAUGUUCCAUGUCUUGAUGGCUCAGGUCACCACUGUCAUCAUCACAACAGUGUCUGUCCUGGUGUUCGACUUCAGGCCCUCCCUGGAGUUUUUCUUGGAGGCCCCGUCAGUCCUCCUCUCAAUAUUUAUUUAUAAUGCCAGUAAGCCUUCAGGUCUGGAGUACGCACCUAGGCAAGACAGGCUCCGCGAUCUGAGCUGCAUUCUCCGGGAGCGUUCCAGCGGGGAUGGAGAAGAACUGGAGAGACUUACAAAACCCAAGAGUGACAAUGAGUCAGAUGAAGAUAAUUUCUGAUUAAUACCCAGCUCUUUGGCAACCUCUGAAAACCUAAUUUUCACAGUUUCAGCAUUUGACAUUGAUAAACUAAAGCUGUCUCUAAAAUAUUCUUUACUUAUAUCUAACCAUUCGUUAAACACUUCCAUCCAAGAUUUCAAGUACCCUCAGACGGAACAGUUCUAAGGAACUGCCCUAGAAUCAACAGGAUGACGACUGCAACAAUAGCCUACAACGGUGCUUGACAAGUACUUGACAAGAUAUGCUUGCAGAUUGUUUUCCUUGUCUUCCAGCUUCCAAAAAAUGUGCAGUCGUGAUGCUGUGUCCUCUUGACUAUACAACGAGAGAGCAGUUUGUCAGAUAUUAAUAAUUACAUAGUUCUAGUCUGCAUGCCAAACUCUUCCUGUCGGAACAUCAAAGCAUCACUUAGGUUGUCCUUUGAAUAUUGAGGCCUUAGACAUUCUCAUUUUGUAACUGAAAAUAAGACUCUUAGUUAAACAUUUGGUUGAAGGACCUAAAUACUAGGCGACAGCAUAUAGCUGGGGCUAAGGUAGCCUGGGCAAAAUGUUGUCCUAAAGAUGCAAGUUCUAGGACUUUAUGAGAAAUUUGAUUUUCAGUUGUCAUGUGAUGUUUUUCUGCAUGAAAAAGCUUCUAUUUAAGUGAAAGUUUGUUUGUUUUCUCCUCAGUUGUAUAUCACAAAAUCUUGACCUCACAAUUGUUAUUAUAUUUUGGAGAAUUACUAAGGCAUUUCAUUUUAUUAAUUAAGUUAUUGAUUAGAACUUGUGGCCAUUUAUGUCUUUGUGCCAUGUCCUGCUCCCCAGAGGAACAGUAAGACUUCUGACUUCAGAAUCAUAACCAGAUUGUCAAACGAGUGCUUUAGAGUUCUUUUUAAAGGGACCACUUCCGAAACAGGGAAGGUAAAGGGAUAAUGGGUAGGAAAGAGGGAACCGAUUACAAGGAACUGUGUGUGACCUCCU